AAGUUGAGGAACGACUCGCCCAGUUAGUUGCCGACGUGUUUUUUGGAUAGAAUUUAAUACUGUAAUAAUCGGAUAUGUCGGACGGUCAGCUGGUCCAGAGACGCAGAAAGGCUGAAGAGCCAGUCACCGAAAAAGUCGACGAAGCGAGCGGCGAUUCAGCACAAUCUUCGGAUCAAGAAGACAAUGACAAGGGAACCCGAUUGACUUUGAUGGAGCAAAUCCUGUUGCUCGGCCUUAAAGACCGUGAAGGUUACACAUCGUUUUGGAAUGAUUGCAUUUCGUCGGGGCUCCGAGGAUGUGUGCUCAUCGAGCUUGUGCUCCGUGGACGAAUUCAACUCGAGGGAGGCGGAAUGAGACGCAAGAAUUUGCUUAAUAGAAAGGUGACUGUGAAAAGCAGCGAGCCAACUGGUGACGUCAUUCUCGACGAGGCACUUCGCCAUAUGAAGGAGACAAACCCGCCGGAGACAGUGACCAGCUGGAUUGAAUAUUUGUCUGGAGAAACGUGGAAUCCGCUGAAACUUCGCUACCAACUGAGAAAUGUUCGUGAACGACUCGCCAAGAAUCUUGUUGAAAAGGGUGUUCUGACGACUGAUAAGCAAAAUUUCUUGCUUUUUGAAAUUACGACGCAUCCACUUUCGGACGGAAAUCAGAAGACGAAAUUGAUUAAAGAAGUGCAAGAAGCGGUUCUGGGGAAAUGGACGAAUGAUGUUCAUCGUAUGGAUAAGAAAAUGCUCUCGUUGAUUGUAUUGGCUCAUGCUAGUGAUGUUCUUGAAAAUGCGUUUGCACCGCUUUCUGAUCAAGAUUAUGAGGUUGCAAUGAAACGAGUGCGUAGUCUGCUCGAUCUUGAUUACGACCAGCAAGCCGAAAAGAAGGGAAACGACGUGAUGUGGGCUGUUUUUGAGGCGUUCAGCAAGUAGAAUCCACAACCAGUCACCAAUGCGUGUACGUGCAAUCUGUAAUCAAGUCUAAACCGGUACCAUCAAUUCUCUUCCCUCCCGCGUAUUUAUUGUAUGUGCUCUUUCUCUUCCAUCUGUUUCCAUAGCUUUUCGUCUCUCGAUUUCCUAUUUCUUCCUAACAUACACCAUAUUCUAUUCUAUUCCAAUCAAUGUGUGAUACCAUAUACCGUUUCUUUUUUCUUUUUUUUUUUUGGGAUUUCUUUGUUUCUUCUCUAUGUUUUUUGUACAUAAGCGGGAAAUGCUCUCUUCAUGUUUUUUUUUCUUUCUUUUUUUGGGAUCAACGCUUUCUGCAGGUUAAUGGUCGCUUGUGUGUUUCCUCUUCCUGAAAUUUCCCUUUUUUUCUCGAAAAUUCGUUUUUAAAUAUGUAUUGGUUUUCUGUGAUAAAUUCUCAUCCAUCCCCCUUUUCUUUUUUCAUGACCAGCAGUAGUAAUGAUUUAGAUUUGUUUUCCUUCAUCAUCCUAAAUUACACAUAUAGUAGAUGUAUUGAAAAAAAUUGAUAAAAAUUUAUCGUGGG